CACAUUCUUUGUAAUUGAUGUGUAACCUUCAUUAUAUCCAUUUUCAUCUUGUUCAAUUUAUUUAGAACCGUUUCCCAACACAAUAUCUUGUUUUUUUGGCAAAGCCAACACAAUAUAUAACAGACCUGUAUACUAGUUGUUCUGUUAUUUUGUUGACUUCCCAGAUUAAUUUCUCAGAAUAGUGAGUGAGGCCUUGGCUUUCAUGAGUGUAUGUAAGCUCCAACUAAAUUAUUCAAGAUGAAUUCAAUCUCAAACCUUUCAGAUACGUUACUCUCAUGGAGUUCCUAUCUCCUACAACCGGUUCGUGCCAUGUUGGAUUGUUUGCCAUUUUCAAAUUUGAGACAAGGAGCUGAAGCUUCCAAUUCUUCCAUGGAUUUUAAUAACGAUCAAAGCUAUAGAUACGACGUGUUUAUCAGUUUCAGAGGUCCAGACACGCGCAACACUUUUGUCGAUCAUCUUUAUGCUCAUCUAAAAAGAAAGGGUAUUUUUGCCUUCAAGGAUGAUCAAAGGCUUGAGAAAGGAGAAUCCCUUUCGCCGCAACUUCUUCAAGCAAUUCAAAAUUCUCGGGUUUCUAUUGUUGUCUUCUCUGAAAGAUAUGCCGAGUCAACAUGGUGUUUGGAAGAGAUGGCUACUGUUGCUGAAUGCCGUAAAAGAUUGAAACAAACUGUUUUCCCUGUUUUUUAUGAUGUUGAUCCAUCUCAUGUUCGAAAGCAUAUCGGGGUUUUCAAAGCUAAUAAUUCACACACUAAGACAUAUGACAGAAACAAGGUCGUUCGGUGGCAGGAAGCCAUGACAGAAUUGGGAAAUUUGGUUGGAUUUGAUGUGAGAUAUAAGCCAGAGUUCACAGAGAUCGAAAAAAUUGUUCAGGCAGUAAUAAAAACAUUGAAUCAUAAAUUCUCAGGGUUUACCAAUGAUCUCGUUGGGAUGCAACCUCGCAUAGAACAAUUAGAAAAGCUUCUAAAAUUGAGCUCAGAGAAUGAUGACUUUCGAGUUCUGGGAAUUUGGGGGAUGGGCGGAGUAGGAAAGACAACUCAUGCUACUGUUUUGUACGAUAGAAUUUCUUAUCAGUUUGAUGCUCGUUGUUUUAUUCAUAACACAAGCAAAAUUUAUAUGGAUGGUGGCAUUGUUUCUGUACAAAAACAAAUUCUUGGUCAAACUCUAGAUGAAAGAAACCUAGAUUCAUACGAUACUUGUGAAAUAGCUGGGAUUAUGAUAAAUAGGCUUCAAAGUGGCAUUAAGGUCCUUCUUGUUCUUGACAACAUUGAUCACUUAGAGCAAUUACAGGAGUUGGCUAUAAAUCCCAAAUUGCUUUGUCGAGGUAGUAGAAUAAUUAUAACCACAAGGGAUGAGCAUAUUCUAAGAGUAUAUGGGGCAGAUACAGUACAUGAAGUUCCAUUGUUGAAUAGUAAUGAUGCCUAUGAACUUUUUUGUAGAAAAGCCUUCAAAGGUGAAGACCAAACCAGUGAUUGUGUCGAGUUGAUUCCGGAGGUACUAAAAUAUGCUCAACAUCUUCCAUUAGCAAUUAAAGUAGUUGGUUCUUUCUUGUGUACCCGAGAUGCUACUCAGUGGAAAGAUGCUUUGGCUAGUUUGAAGAAUAGCCCAGACAGUAAAAUUAUGGACGUGCUUCAGAUGAGCAUUGAUGGCCUACAGCAUGAGGAGAAGGAAAUAUUUAUGCACAUUGCUUGUUUCUUUAAAGGGGAGAGGGAAGUUUAUGUAAAGAGAAUUCUAGAUGCUUGUGGAUUGCACCCUCACAUUGGAAUUCAGAGAAUCCUUGAGAAAUCACUCAUUACCAUAAAAAACCAGGAGAUUCAUAUGCAUGAUAUGUUACAAGAAUUGGGGAAGAAAAUUGUUCGGCACCGAUUUCCUGAAGAGCCAGGCUCUUGGAGUAGAUUAUGGCGAUACAAUGAUUUUUAUCAUGUCUUGAUGACAGAAACGGGAACAAACAAUGUUAAAGCUAUAGUUCUGGAUCAAAAGGAAAAUUUCUCCAAAUGCAGGACUGAAGGAUUUUCAAAUAUGAGGAACCUUGGACUUCUCAUUUUGUAUCAUAACAAUUUUUCUGGAAAUCUUAAUUUUCUUUCCAACAACCUGCGAUAUCUUUUGUGGCAUGGAUAUCCUUUUACUUCUCUGCCGUCAAAUUUUGAGCCAUAUUAUCUUGUGGAAUUGAAUAUGCCUCAUAGUAACAUUCAACGACUGUGGGAAGGUCGCAAGGAUCUCCCUUAUUUGAAAAGGAUGGAUUUGAGCAACUCCAAGUUUCUUACAGAGACUCCAAAGUUUUUCUGGACCCCAAUACUUGAGCGGCUAGAUUUUACCGGAUGCACAAACUUAAUACAGGUUCAUCCAUCAAUUGGACAUCUUACAGAACUUGUUUUCUUAAGUUUGCAAAACUGCAGCAGUUUGGUCAACCUCGAUUUUGGUAUUGUAUCAAAUUUAUAUUCUUUGAGAGUUCUACGCCUCUCUGGUUGCACAAAACUUGAAAAGACGCCAGAUUUUACCGGGGCAUCAAAUCUUGAGUACCUUGACAUGGAUGGAUGUACAAGUUUAUCCACAGUCCAUGAGUCCAUCGGGGCUAUUGCAAAGCUUAGAUUCUUGAGUUUGAGGGAUUGCAUUAUUCUUGCUGGAAUACCCAAUAGCAUUAAUACCAUUACUUCUCUUGUAACUCUAGAUUUACGUGGCUGCUUGAAACUUACCACUCUUCCGCUGGGACAAAAUCUCAGUUCUUCGCAUAUGGAAUCUUUAAUCUUUCUUGAUGUAAGCUUUUGCAAUCUUAAUAAAGUACCUGAUGCUAUCGGAGAGCUACAUUGUUUAGAAAGACUAAAUCUACAAGGAAACAACUUUGAUGCACUACCUUAUACCUUCCUUAAUCUUGGAAGACUUUCAUAUUUGAACUUGGCUCAUUGCCAUAAGCUUCGUGCUUUUCCACAUAUACCUACACUAAAAGAUUUGUCUCUAGUGGGAAGUUAUUUCAAACUUGUAUCGGGAUCGCGUGAUCAUAGGUCAGGAUUAUAUGUUUUUGACUGCCCCAAAGUGAAGCUCUUCCUAUCCAAUACCGAAGACUAUUUUAGCAAGUAUAUUUGUCAAUGGUUGCACAAACUUCUUAAGGAUCCCCGUACCUUUCGGUGUGGUUUUGACUUUAUUGUCCCUUGCCAACGUAAAUAUAAUGACGAUCCAUUCAUUCAUCCUAUUCCAGAGUGGUUCCAUCACCAAUUUGGUGGGGAUUCAAUAAUAAGGAUAGUACAGUCUAAUGUGGAUGACAACUGGAUUGGCUUUUCCUUUUGUGCAGCAUUUGAGGUAAACAACCGUCCUACAAAUUCAGGUUCAUCGCGUGGUUCAUUGUCCUCGGCACUGCCACAUCCUUUUUAUCUUUCUUUUGAAAGUGAACACACGGAAGAACGCUUUGAAAUGCCGCUUAGUUUGGAACUUGAAAAAAUCGAUGGAUCAAAACAUCUUUGGAUAAUUUAUAUCUCUCGAGAGCAUUGUCAUUUUGUGAAAACAGGAGCACAUAUCACUUUUAAAGCCUGUCCAGGUUUGGUGAUAAAAAAAUGGGGACUGCGCAUGUUAAUCAAGAAGGCGGGUGCAAAAAAGUUAUCUUCUUAUAGCCAUAGCAUUAUGUUCUUCAAUAAUGAAUUUGAAGAAUCUGAUGUGCACCAUCUUAUGUUUGAUUACGUGGAAGAAAGUAUCAGCAGGUCUGGACCUAAAAUUCAGCUUCCCUACAAUUGGUUGAUUACCGAGGAAGAGGAAGUUGAGAAUUCUGAAGCCAAGUCAAAAGAAAUUGAUCUUUCUAAUCUAGGCCUUUAGAUAUGCCAACCACAGCCGAAAUACCUAACGUCGUCCUUCAGUCUUGAGGUAAUUACCUCACCUAAGUUGUGACACUUUAUUGAGUAAUAAUUCAUCACAACUGUUAAUUAAUCAUUAAUUACUAUAAUUAAUGAUACGAACAAUGAGGCUAAGGUUCUUUGAUGAACUUGAUCAGGUGAAUGAAGACAUGAUAGGCACUGGUAUUCUAUAUUUGUGGAGGAUGAAUGUUUUUAAUCAGUUGUAAUUCAGUUGGUAAAGGGGGAUGAGUGUGGUGUCCCCUCUUCUCUUAAUCUGCACCUUCCGUCUCUCACACACUGUAGUCUGUAGCUACCUUUUCGUGGAUUAAAGGUGUUGUUUAUGGCUUGCAGAUUAAGUGGAUUUCACAAAAAUUUUGAUUGCUUUUGUGUAACUAAUUAUAUCGUAGUGUUGCCAGUUGUGCAUUUCAUUCAUACUUUUGGUUUAUUUUAGCAUGUAUUACCACUUAAAAUGGUUCAUAGUAGACUAUGAA